GCCUUUUGCACUGAAGCCAAGUGAAGAACCUCAGAACUGCACUGCACACCACUUAACCCAGCUACGAGCUCCCUAGCAGCAGAGUAUCUCCAUCACCACUGAGACCUCCAGUGCUGGUUUUAACCCUCACUACCCACCACUCCCAUUUCCACGUCUGAAAGGCAGUGCUCAGCAGCACCCUAAGUCGCCAUCCAUCCUUUGGGACCGCUCCCCACCAUGUUUCAGCGCCUCACCAGCCUCUUCUUCAGUGACAGCAGCACUCCAGAAGGCCUUGAGGAGCCCAAACCCUUUGUGGAGGAGGAGGAGGAGGAGGAUGGCUGGCUCAUAAUUGACCUUGCAGGCACCCGUGCCCGCCCCGGCGCAGCCCGGAGAGUGGGUGCUGGCGGCACCGGGCGCUCGGCGCGGUCCCGCCCGGCUCCCCCCGGUCCGUCACCACCUCCGGCCCCUGCCCCGGCUCCAGCCGGUCCCUGCUUGAUGGACGAGAGUUGGUUUGUCACCCCUCCCCCCUGUUUUACUGCAGAGGGGCCCGGCCCCGACGGCGUGGGGAGCAGCCCCAUGGAGGACCUGCUCAUCGAGCACCCCAGCAUGUCUGUGUAUGUCACCAGCACCCUCGAGGUGGACGGGGAGGGCCCUGAGGAGGAUGCUGCUGAGGAGGUGCCGGAGCCGCGGCUGGAGCGGUACGUUCCGCACCACAGCCGGUCCCUCUCGGUGAAAGCUGCCAUCCUGGAGAAGGUGGGCCAGGCGCGGCGGGUGCAGCGCGCCAAGCAGCUGGCCGACAAGCACCGCCUGAGCCAGAAGGCGCUGCAGCGGCAGAACCGCGCCUGCCAGCGCCCGCUGCGCCGCGCCAAGCAGCACAUCGGCACCUUCGUCCACCAGCCCUGCCAGCGCCACUGCAACUACUGACCUCACCGGGACGCCCGGCACCG